AUUAGAAGACAUGAUGGUAACGGUGGCCCAGAACUCUGCACAACUAGAGUUCUAGCAACAUUCUGACAUGCUCACAAACAACAAAACAUACUACCGGGUUCCAACAAAAAGAUUACGAAAGUUUGAUGAUGAAGACUGAAAGGAACAAAGUGCAAGCAGUCAAACAGAUGAAAGAGUCAGCUAGAGUAAAGAGGAAUGCUGAAGAGCAACAAAUAGAAACCGAUGACUUUGUAGAAGAUUCAUAUGAUUAUGAUAAUCAUGCCGAUUACAUCUCAUCAGAGGAAAGUGACAGUGAUUGUAAAGGCACAGUAUAUCCAGAACGAGACACAGUGAACAUAUACGUUGAGGAAAGUUUAAAUGUCAUACAAGGAGAUGGAGACAAAGAACAGGUUGAAAUAGGAAAAUCCAGUAUCAAACUAGUGAAUGUACAGAAAGAAACCAUACACAUAGCUACCUCAAAGAAUACUAAUAUGUGUAAUUUUAAUUAAUGCUUUUGCAAUGCUUUGCAAUACCUAAAUAUGUAUAAAGCCAAAAUGAAAACCUCAAGGUGCUUUAAAAAAAAGAAAAUUAACAUUGUUGAUAAAAAGCUGCCAGCUUUAAUCUCCUGUUUGUUUACAUUAUGUUUGUUUUUGUGCGUAGUAUACAUUCUGUAUCUUAAUAGCGUGUAACAACUAGUCCUCCAUGGUGCAGUGGAAGAGUACUCGCCUGCAGAUCUGGAUGUCUUCAGUUGGAAUCCUUCUACUGGCUUAGUGUUUUUUUUCCUAGAAUGUUGAAAUUCAAGAAAUGUUUUGAUAAUACACAUUGACAGCAAAAAUACAACGUUUACAUGUUGAAAUUAGUGAUCAAUCUUAUUGCAUUGUUAUAUUAUAUUAUUGAUUUGAUAUAUAGUGUUAUUUCUUAUUCUGAAAGAUUCGUAUUGACUUACCGGUCCAGCAUCUUUAAACAAUAUACGGAUCAACAUACAAAUGUACCUAAAUAGAAAAAUAACCUAAUCUGUUUAAAUAGCUUGGCAAAGUGCUGACCUGUUUUACACAAUGAAACACAUUUUUUGUAAUAUAGGUUUUAAACUGUUAAUUGUGGUUGUGGUAGAUGCAAUUGAGUUAGCGACUAAAAAUGAAAGUGGCAUGGCUUAUCUAAAAAAAUGUUGUCCAAUCCCUCCUAAUGUGCAGUUGGCAGAUCAUCACAACUUGUAAAUGAAUUAUGAACCAGUAUAAGGCGCUGUCAGUCGCUAUAACACGUUGUCAGUCGUUGAUUUUCGUUGAUUUUGAGUAUUUAUGCGAGUUAAAAUAUUUUAGGUAAGAGUGAAUUAGUAUAUAAAAUAAUAGCCAAUAUAGUAUCUCCUUUACACGAGUCUUGAUUGAGUUUACCAUGCUUUUAUGGUAAAAUAUUUGUUCAGGAUAGAUAUGCUAUUUGUCUUGCAUUGUAUUUAUUAUUGCUUCAUUUCAAACAUUUAAAAUGUUCUCCCUUAUUUUGACACUUUGUGUGUUAUGUUAAAUAAAUGUAUAAAAUGAU